AGCUUCUGGAUGGACCGCAGGUAAUCAAGGAAAAUUGGCGGAAUCUAGCGACCUCUGCUCCACCAACUUCUUCAUCCAACGCGGCAGAGAAUCCUCCCUCUGUGCUACCUCACGCGAUCCGCGAUACGAUAGUGAGGACCGACGCUGAAGAAUUGGAAUUCUACCCGGGAAAUCGAAUCCACGAUUUGCGUAGACUUGAGCCCCACCAUAUGGCGGAAUUCAAUGAUGCAGGACCGAUAACGAUGCGAGGAGGAAUGGGCGGGGACUUCUCCAUGAAUCUAGAUAACGGGGUCGCGGGCGGAAGCGGGGCAACCAAGAAGAAGCCGAGGAGCAGUCGAGAUGCUGCUGCAAUCAAGAGACGCUGUGUCAGUACCGCGUGUAUUGCGUGCCGAAGACGGAAGUCGAAAUGCGAUGGCAAUACACCGAGUUGUGCGGCCUGCUCGAGUGUCUAUGGAACCGAAUGUGUAUACGACCCGAACAGCGACCAUCGGCGGAAGGGCGUCUACAAAGAGAAGAUCGAUAGUCUGAAGACGAAGAACUCGACACUGCAGACCCUGAUACAAGCAAUAUUGAAUGCUGCAGAGGACGAUGUUCCGAACCUAGUUCGCCAAAUCCGAACUUGUGAAAGCCUGGAUGACGUCGCAGACAGUAUACUCAGACAAGAAAAUGGCCUCGAGGAUGAGGAGGAUGAAUUCGAUGAAAACUCUGCAUAUACCACCGCAUCCUUGCCCACCUUCGAGACAGAAUUGUCUGGCAAAAUGGGAGAACUAAGAUUAGAGAACGGCUCGGUGAGAUUUUUAGGAGGAACUUCGAAUCUGAUAUAUCUGGAUCCAACGGAUGAGGACGACGGUGGGGAUGGAUCAGAACUUGUUGAGCAGCAAGAUGACCCGUUGACAAGUUGGACAACUGUUACGAAUGAUACGGAAGUCAUUGUGCAUCUUAUCAACAUGUAUUUCACAUGGCAUUAUCCCUUCUUUACAACUUUAUCGAAGAGCCUUUUCUACCGAGAUUUCCUACUAGGAAAGCCACAAGGAACGCCAAAACGAACUGUGUAUUGCUCGAGUCUCCUGGUCAAUGCAAUGUUAGCACUAGGUUGCCAUUUUACGAACUCCCCGAAAGGUUGCGCCGAUCCCAACGAUCCAACUACCAAAGGAGAUGCCUUCUUCGCUGAAGCUAAAAGGCUAAUUGUGGAUAAUGAUGAAUAUGAAAAGCCGAGAUUGACCACGAUUCAAGCAUUGGCAUUGAUGUCUGUCAGGGAAGCGGGAUGUGGCCGAGAAGCCAAAGGUUGGGUGUAUUCAGGAAUGAGCUUCCGCAUGGCUCAAGACAUGGGCUUAAACCUGGAUUCUGGUGGAAUGACCAAUAACAAAGAGCCAAUGGACGAGAAAGAAAUCGAUGCCCGAAGAGUAACAUUUUGGGGCUGUUUCUUGUUCGACAAGUGCUGGUCUAAUUACCUUGGACGAUUACCCCAGUUACCUGUUUCAAACAUAACAGCUCCCAAGUACGAUGUCUUCCCUGAUGAAGAUGCAGAUAUCUGGUCACCCUACACAGACAAUGGAAUUGGCCAAUUGCAUUCCCAGGCGUCUCGGACAAGAGCGGUUGCUUUACAGCUCUCGAGUCUAUGCGAAAUAAGUAGUGAUUUACUGAUUUUCUUUUACCAUCCCCAGUAUCUUGACAAGUCUGUUGGGAGAUCACAAGAAUUGAAGAAAUUGAGUGAGCUGCAAACAAGAUUAGAAGCAUGGAGAAGAGACCUUCCGAAGGAGCUUGAGCCGAAGGAAGGGCAAUUGCCAAAUGUCCUACUGAUGCACAUGUUCUUCCACCUCUUAUAUAUCCACUUGUUCCGUCCCUUCCUCAAGUAUAAUCCUUCAACCUCUCCAUUACCUUCACAUGUUUCACCUCGAAAACUAUGUACUCAAGCGGCGGGAUCUAUCUCUAAACUCAUGCGCCUCUAUAAACGUACCUACGGUCUACGUCAAAUCUGCAAUAUUGCCGUAUAUAUCGUUCAUUCAGCCUGCACCAUCCACCUGCUGCAACUUCCGGAAAAGACGGCCAAGCGGGACAUAAUCCACGGAGUCAAACAUCUCGAAGAGGUAGCCGAGGACUGGCUUUGUGCUCGCCGAACCCUCAGUAUCCUGAGUGUCUUAGGCCGGAAAUGGAAGAUCGAGCUUCCCGAAGAAGCCGCUGUGGUAUUUGCUCGGACAGACGCAAAGUAUGGCUACUUCAGUACCGCAGAUGUGCCAUCACCAAAACAAGAACUCAUUGUUGCUACACCUCCAUCAACAACCACGUCACCACCUCGACCACCAAUACCGCCCCCACAGACCCAAAACCGUGUGAGAAACACGAACCAACUGCAGCAGAGUCUUUACAGUUACCAACCCGACACCCAGAAUAUCCCACCAACUUUCCUGGCAAUGUCUAAACCCCAAACCGUACAAAAUAUAAUGGGCAUUUCAUCUCAACCCACACUGGUAAAUCAACCCACUACCAGCGGCAGCAAUGGUAUCGGAUCAAUGAACACCAUUCCCGCCUCGCCUCUCUCCGCCAUCCCACAUCCCCGCCACCCUUACACCAAUCCAAAUCCCGCGCCCCGCGCAACAAGGACACCUUCCAACGACCUACCACGCACAAACUCAGGCGUCACAUCCGAAGCCUCUGGCCCCAUGACUCGCCAAGUGAGUCCAAACACAAUGUUCGGUGGCGUUGACGCAUUAGUCGAGAGCCAAGAUUGGUGGCUCCGAGAUCAAGCUAGUCUAGCAAUCGGUUUUGACAACUGGAUGGGGAAUCCGGCUGGAGACAUGAACGACGGACCAAAUGCCACGAACAAGGUGUUGAACGGAGGAGGCAUGGAUCCGAUGGCUGGUGUUGGAACGGGCUUUUAUAUGCCGCCGAGUAAUGGGCGAGGAAAUGACGGUUUUGGAGAUGAUGACUGGACUUAUGGUUGAGCAUUUCGAUGUUGAUUUGGUUAUGAGAAGACGACUUACGAUUGUGUUGAUGAGAGCAAGGUCUGUGGUAUUGGGUCAGAUUGGUGGGAGGCUCUACUGGAUGGUACAUCAGCGAUGGAGUUGUUUUCACAUUCUAUUUUGAAAUCGGAGUUACUCCACUCAAGUGAGAUACGUUAGCGGAAUGGUUGAAGAAGAGAACGCUCACUGUUUAUCUGAUGUUGAAGUUCAAGAUUGUCGUGCACUCUACCCAAUGCCUAUUCUGCGGUGAUUAUACAGUUGGAGCGGGAUUGGGAGGUACCUGGUAUCACGUGAUUUAUACCAUUUCUUAAAAUUGCC